AUGAUUGCAGCGAUUUUAGUAGCUUUACUAACCUAUUUUCUGUUUUCCAUAUUCCAAAAACGCCAUGAAAUCCAAAAAUUUCUCUAUGCCCGUCGGAUUUGUAUUCAAGAAUUCGAAAAGGUCAAGGGUCCACCAGCCGUGCCAAUUUUCGGGACCACAUGGUAUUUUAAAAGUGACCCUAUAGAAAUGAUAAAACAAGCACAAAAAUGGUUUGUCGAAUAUACGCUCGCUCCAGAUAGUAAUGGUCUUCUAAAGUUCUGGAUGGGACCUGUGCCUGUAGUUUCCAUAUGCCGCGGAGAAGUAGCAAAAACUAUCUUCGAUAGCUCCACGAACAUCCCCAAAUCUAGUCAGUACCGAAAAUUGAAAGAAUGGAUUGGCGAUGGAUUGCUUAUCAGCACCGGUCCAAAAUGGAGGUCCCGUCGGAAGAUGCUCACACAAACGUUUCAUUUUGCAGUUUUGAAAGAGUACCACAAAGUUUUCGCAUCGCAGGGAAAAAUUUUAGUGGAUGUCCUUCGGUUGAGAGCCAAUAACACGUAUCCAUUCGAUAUCAUGCCGUAUAUCAAGAGGUGUACGCUGGAUAUAAUUUGUGAAACUGCUAUGGGAUGUUCGAUUUCAAGCCAAAUGGGGUCCAACGACAAAUAUGUCGAAUCGGUGAAACGAUUGAGUGAGCUGGUUUGGAACUAUGAGAAAGCCCCUCUGUACUGGCUGAAACCUAUAUGGUACCUAUUUGGAAAUGGAUUUGAGUUUGAUAGACUUGUCAAACUGACCACUGAUUUCACUAGAGACGUCAUUGACAAACGAAAAGAAGAGCUGAAACUUCACGAAUCCGAACCCUCUGACAAAAAACUAGCAUUUCUGGACUACCUUCUAAAGUCUCAAACAGACCAUCCCGAAAUUCUGACAGAUGAAGGAAUUCGAGAAGAAGUGGACACGUUUAUGUUUGAGGGACAUGACACCACGUCAUCAGGAAUCAAAUUUGCCAUUUGGUUCCUCGGACAAUAUCCAGAAUACCAACAGCAAGUUCAGGAUGAGAUGGAUGAGAUUUUUGGAGACGAUUAUGAAAGGUAUCCGAAUUCAGAGGACAUUCAAAGAAUGAUCUAUUUGGAGCAGUGCAUUAAGGAGACACUUCGAUUGACACCACCAGUGCCCUUCAUUUCCAGACAGCUGGAAGAGGAUGUGUUGAUUCCGCAUGCCACAAAACCGCCUGUCUUGCUACCUGCUGGAAUGAACAUUAUGAUUAAUAUCAUAACCAUUAUGAAGGACGCAAGAUAUUUUGAAAAACCAUAUGAGUUUUUCCCGGAGCACUUCGAACCGGAACGUGUGAAUUCUAGAGAGGCAUUUGCCUAUGUUCCAUUUUCAGCGGGACCCAGAAAUUGUAUCGGUCAAAAAUUCGCUCUACUCGAAGAAAAAGUUGUGCUCUCUUGGAUUUUCCGAAAUUUCACCGUCACCAGUAUGAGCAAAUAUCCUGAAGAACAUCCGAUUCCAGAGCUCAUUCUCAAGCCACAGUUCGGCACACAAGUCUUGUUGAAAAAUCGAAGGAAAUUUUAA